AUGUUAAACGACAAUGAGGAAGAUAUCCAUUUAACACCACCUAAAAAAAUCAUGAAAAAUCCAACGAAACACAGGGCGCAGAAGUUUCGUUCAGAAUGGCUCAGAGUUGAAAAUUUAAAAAAAUGGUUGGUUCCUGUUGAUAACGACCCUUUCAAAGCCAAAUGUAAGUUGUGCAAUUUCACAAUGGUUGCGGAGUUAUCUAACAUUAAAACACACGGCAAUGGUAAAAAACAUAAAGAAAUUGAAGCAUGUACAGAAAUAAAACAAAAAUCGAUAAAAACUUUUACUACAAAUAAAACUCCAACGAAAUUAGAUAUUGACGUCAAAAUGGCAGAAAUAAAAUUAACUGCAUUUUUGACAGAACACAAUAUUGCCUUUCUUGCUACUGACCACAUUUCGGAUGUUCUUAAAAGUUGUUUUAAAGAUUCUGAAAUAGCUAAAAAUAUAUCACUUAAAGGGACCAAAACAACUUCAAUUACGAAAAAUGUAAUUGAUUAUUGUCAGAAAGAAGAACUUGUUUCGUACCUAAAAACUGUACAGUUCAGUAUAUUAACUGAUGAAUCUACUGAUAUUGGUACCGUCAAAUCAUCUUGUGUCAUUCUCAGGUAA